ACUGCUCUUUUCCAAUCGUGUGAACGGGCAACAUAAUAUUGAGACUUCAUGUUGAUCCUGUUCGUCCCAGUAUCGGCUAUCAGUGAAUUGUUUCCGAAUUCCAUUCAAGAGAAGUGAAUGUCUUCGCGUAGACAGCAUCGGUACACAUAUAUGGCUCUCCACAGCUGAGGAAGUCUUUCAACUAGUAGCGUAGUAGAGUAGUUCUUCUCUUUGAUCUUUUAACCUUUCUAAGGCAACAAAGUAAUGAUUUUUUUAUUGAAAUGUUGAACAGGCAAAUACUUUGAUUGAGCAGUUUGUCAGUAUGAGGAAUCUUCAGCUGUUGACCAGCCUGCGUGUUUCUGGAAUCCCACAGUUGUCCCGAGUGCAGGCUAUCAGUGUGGACUAUGACACUGGAAACAUCUACUGUGUUACCGGAACACACAUACAUCUCUUAGAUCCCAAUCUCUCCUCAAUAGUUGACAGCAUUUAUUUAGCUGAUGGAGAAAACAAUUAUCUGCCAGCUGAUGGCUCAGGGUUGGUUGUUGGAGCGGAACAUCUAGCCAGUCAACAGUCACUGUGUGUUGCUAUGGCAACCGGAGAUGUCAUUUUAUGGAGUUGUAUUUUACAGCAGGUAGACAGUGUGGGAAGUGUGGAGACAGGGCUGAGGGCCAUGCAGUGGAGCCCUGACCAGGAAAUCGUAGGCCUUGUCACAGGGAGAGAUACACUGCUGCUGAUGACAAGGGAGUUUGAACCAAUCAUGGAGACGACUCUAAAUCAAACUGAAUUUGGGGAAGCUGUGUUUGUAAAUGUUGGCUGGGGGAAGAAGGAGACUCAGUUCCAUGGAUCUGUGGGAAAAUCAGCAGCCAAAGAGACCCUAAAGGAUGUGAGCACAGCCCUGCCCUGGGAUGACCGCUGUCCACGCCUCAGCUGGAGAGGUGAUGGUCAGUUCUUUGUGACCAGCUCUGUCUGCCAGACCUCAGGUUGUAGACAACUGCGGGUGUGGAGCCGUGAUGGUGUCUUACAGUCGACCUGUGAACAGGCUGAUGGACUGGAGCAACCAUUGGCAUGGAAACCCUCUGGCAGUUGUAUUGUUGCGGCUCAGAAAUCCCCCAACAAACAUAAUGUCAUAUUCUAUGAGAAGAAUGGACUGCGCCAUGGGGAAUUCACCCUUCCAAUGGACAAGGAUUCUGUCAAGGUUUGUGAGGUACUCUGGAACCUUGACUCCAGUAUUCUGAUGGUGUGGUGUGAAGACUUACCACCAGACGGAGCCAAGGCAGAUUUCAUUCCAAGGUCGUACAUUCAGCUGUGGACAAUGGGAAACCAUCACUGGUACCUCAAACAGAACCUUCACUUUAACACAUCCAGGGAAAACACAGUAGUGUCUGUGUUGUGGGACCUGGAACAUGCAUACAGGCUUCAUAUUGCUACAUCUGGAGGAGAAUAUAUGCAGUAUACUUGGUCCUGGGUGACAAAUACGAGUUGGGGAGAAAGCAGUGAGGAUCAAGCAACUGUAGCUGUCAUUGAUGGAGAUAAAGUACUGAUUACACCAAUGAAACGGAUGGUAGUCCCGCCUCCCAUGUCUGCAUAUGAACUUCAGCUGCCAUGUGCUGUCAAUCAAGUGAUGUUUGCCCCGCCUCCCUUCACAAAUGACAUGGCCGUUGUCCUAGUGGAUGGCCGCAUAGCUGUGUAUAGAUUAAAGUCAGGUGACAGUCACCUCAGGGAAGGGACUAAGGCCACUGGGGCAGGGGGACCUGGGUUUGUGGUCUGCUGUGAUGUUCUCAAGUUGGAUCAUGUUUAUAGCAUAGAAGAGCUUCCUAAGAACACUGCUGUUUAUCCCAUGUCUUUCACCCACUUCUCUUGGAUCAUGCAAGCUGUGUGUUGUUCUGUGGUACCACUGUGGAGGGGCAGUUCAUGUUAUACCAGACUGAGUUUACAGGACAAACAUAGACAUCUCACUGUGGAGUCCAGUAUUGAGAUGGAGGGGAGAGUAUUAAACAUGGCUACUGCCCCUGCAGGGGAGACCGUGGUCAUUCAGCUGACAGAUGGCAGCCUUCUCAGAUAUCAGUCAUCGUCUGGGAGCGUCCUGCCCUGGGAGAGCCUAGACGGAGAAGAGGUUCGUUUCCCACAGCCCUGCACACAGAUCCUCAUCUCUGAGAUAGGGGAACAGGAUGUGGUGUUGGGACUUACACCUACCCACCGCCUUUAUGUCAACAAUAUUGAGGUGGCUUCAAACUGUACCUCGUUUGCCGUCCAUGAGAAGUUCCUUCUGCUGACCACUCUCACCCAUACCUGUAGAUGUAUAUCACGUAACACACCUGUACAUGCCUUGGCCAGGUUGUCUGAUGAAAAAGCUCAUCCAUUUGAUGAAAGCAUUCGUCGUGUAGAGAGAGGCUCACGGAUUGUCACGGUUGUGCACAGUGACACGAAGCUGGUGUUACAGAUGCCGCGCGGGAAUCUGGAGACGAUUCACCCGCGCGCUCUUGUGUUAGCUGCCGUGCGGACGGCUCUAGACAGGUUGGAAUACCACACAGCAUUUACGUUGAUGAGAAAUCACCGCAUCAACCUCAAUCUGAUCUAUGAUCACAACCCACAAAUGUUCCUAAAAAAUGUUACAAAGUUUCUGCAACAAAUUUCCAAAGUGACAUAUAUCAACAUUUUCCUCACAGAACUUCGAGAGGAGGACAGUACAGUGACCAUGUAUAGAGCUGACUACAGCAGCCAAUCCUGCCCUGGCCAGUCAACACGCCCAGAUGACCAGCCCUCAAAAGUGGACACGGCCUGCGAUGCCAUUAGAGCUGCCUUAAAAGACCUGGAUGAAAACAAAUACAUCAUGUCCAUCCUGACAACAUAUGUGAAGAAAAGCUCACCUGAGUUAGAAGAAGCCCUGAAACUAAUCAGGGUUCUGAAAGGUCAGAAGCAGAAAGCUGAAGGUGUAAGCGCCGAGGAAGCCCUGAAGUACCUGCUGUUCCUGGUGGAUGUUAAUGAGCUGUACAAUGUAGCUCUGGGGUCGUACGACUAUGACCUGGUGCUCAUGGUUGCUGAGAAGUCGCAGAAGGAUCCUAAAGAAUAUUUGCCGUUUUUGGCCAAUCUGAGACGUCUAGAAGAGAACUACCAGAGGUACACUAUUGACAGACACCUGAAAAGAUACAAGAAGGCUCUCCAGCAUAUUGCUAAAUGCCCUGAUCAGUUCAAUGAGUGCCUGAGUCUGGUGAGUGAACAGAAGCUGUACAGAGAUGCCCUGCAGAUCUUCCCCAGACAGUCCCAGCAAUAUAAGACUAUCGCAGAUGUGUUUGGGGAACAUCUGAUGGAGAAAAAGAAGUAUGAGGAGGCGGGACUUGUAUUUAUGAAGGCGGAGUCAUGGCCCUCUGCACUCCAGGCCUUUGAGAAAUGUCUUAAUUGGAGGCAGGCCCUAUGCAUGGCAGCCAUUUUGGAUUACUCAGCAGAAAACCUUCAUGACCUCUCACUCAGACUGGCCACGGCGCUGAAGGCAAAACAAGAGGCCAAUGCUGCAGCCAUCCUUUUCGAGCAGUAUGUUGGGGAUAUUGAGGAAGCCAUCACAGUUCUGAUUGAUGGUCAAAUGUGGGAGGAAGCCUUAAGACAGAUGUACAAAUAUAAACGAACAGACUUUAUAGACACCACCCUGAAGCCUUCACUAUGUGAGAGACACAACCAGCAGGUGGCAACACUUGACGGUCUGAGAACGGAGUUUGAGCGGCACAGAUCCCGUCUAAAUGUGGUCCGAGAGAAGAAGGAGAGAUCACAGAUUGAAUAUAUGGAGGGCGAGGGCCAUGCUGAUGCUGACUUGUUUUCUGACGCCAGCAGUGCUGCAGGAGAGAGUGUCCAGUCCUCGAGAUUGACCACUGAUAGCCAGCGGUCAACCGUCAUGAGUCGCUCAACCGGACGGUCUUCUCGUAAUAGACGGAAGCUAGAAAGAAAAAAGUGGAGUUUGAAGGAAGGCAGUCAGCAUGAAGAUUUAGCCCUGCUAGAAGCUCUGUCUAAUAUUGUCACACUAGUGAAGAACCUAAGAGAGGAGAUAACCCCACUUCUGAAGAUGUUGGUUCAAUUCUGGCAAGAGGAUGAGGCUCGAGAAUUACAGCACAAAUAUGAAGAUUUUUUAAAGGUCAUUGAGAAGUCAAUCCCUGAAAUCUGGAUCCAAGAGGAAGAAUCGGAUAAAAAUGCUGUCAUUGGACCAGAAGCCACUGCUAAUAAGAUAGCUGAAGCCAUGAGGUCAGGGCGUCAACUGAAGUGCACAAGCGAAGAAGAUUUGCUGGUGAAAACUCGUCCUGUGUUUUCUACGGACAGUAAAUGGAAGCUUGGAAUACUGGAGACGUGAUCCUAUUUAUUGAAGUAUGAUGUCUUUGAUUCAUGUAUCGUAUUUAUCUAUACAUCUGUUAAGUAUCAUUACAUUUGCUGUCCCAUUCCGAAAUAAAUAAAAAUUUCCUCAUACUAGAUCUUAUGUUAUUUUUUAUCUUGUUGUAGCAUCUUAAAAUGCUGUUCAAACACAGAACAUUCUGAAAACAAAUAAAUCUUGUGAAAGUGAAUAAUACCUCAGGCAUUCAGUAAAUAUGACUCAAUAUCCUUGGCAAUCUCUGGAUGAGAGUGUCUGAUAUUACCUUCAUCUGUGACUCUGACAGUACCCAGGACAUUCAGUGGACGUGACUUUGACAAUACCAAGGACAUUCAGUGGACGUGACUCUGUGACAAUGCAAAUGACAUUCAGUUAAUGUGACUUUCUGACAAUACUUAGUACAUUCAGUAGAUGUGACUCUAUGACAAUA